AUGGAACUACAAGAAGCUCAGAGAUCUCCUGAAGCUAUAUUAAACUCCCAAGUCAAUAAUAAUGCAAAUAGAAAAAGCAUUAAAAUUUUAAUCCUUAAUAUUGGAUCUAAAAUCAAGCAAACAAUAUUUGGAAGGAAGUCCGAGCCUGAAAGCAUUGAAGAAAAUGGUGAGGUUCAGUGGGAUAAUGGAAUAGAAAACAUUAUGUAUGACGAUUCAGAGAUGUGGUUUGAGCCUUUACCUGUAAGAUUUUAA